AUGUCUGCCUUCGUCGGGAAAUACGCAGAUGAGCUGAUGAAGACGGCCAAGUACAUCGCGACGCCGGGGAAGGGCAUCCUGGCGGCGGACGAGUCGACGGGCACCAUCGGGAAGCGGCUGGCGAGCAUCAACGUGGAGAACGUGGAGUCCAACCGGCAGGCGCUGCGGGAGAUGCUCUUCACGGCGCCCGGCGCGCUCGAGUACCUCUCCGGCGUCAUCCUCUUCGAGGAGACGCUCUACCAGACGGCCGCCGACGGCACCCCGUUCGUGGACAUCCUCAAGGCCGGCAACGUCAUCCCGGGCAUCAAGGUCGACAAGGGCACCGUCGACAUCGCCGGGACCGUCGGCGAGACCACCACCCAGGGCCUCGACUCCCUGGGCGCGCGCUGCGCCAAGUACUACGAGGCCGGCGCGCGCUUCGCCAAGUGGCGCGCCGUGCUCAAGAUCGGGCCCGGCGCCGAGCCGUCGGAGCUCGCCGUGAAGCAGAACGCCGAGGGGCUGGCGCGGUACGCGCUCAUCUGCCAGGAGAACGGGCUGGUCCCCAUCGUGGAGCCCGAGAUCCUCACCGACGGGCCACACGACAUCAAGGCCUGCGCCGCCGCCACCGAGCGCGUCCUCGCCGCCGUCUACAAGUCGCUCAACGACCACAAGGUGCUCCUCGAGGGCACCCUCCUCAAGCCCAACAUGGUCACCCCCGGCUCCGACAGCCCCAAGGUUGGCGCGGAGGUGAUAGCGGAGUACACGGUGGCGGCGCUGCGGCGCACGGUGCCGCCGGCGGUGCCCGGGGUGGUGUUCCUGUCGGGCGGGCAGAGCGAGGAGCAGGCGACGCAGAACCUGGACGCCAUGAACAAGCUGGCGGUGCUCAAGCCGUGGACGCUCACCUUCUCCUUCGGCCGGGCGCUGCAGCAGAGCACCAUCAAGAAGUGGGCCGGCAAGAAGGAGAACGUCGCCGACGCGCAGGCCACCUUCCUCGCCCGGUGCAAGGGCAACUCCGAGGCCACGCUCGGCAAGUACGGCGGCGCCGCCGCCGGUGGGGACGCCGCCGCGUCCGAGAGCUUGCACGUCGCGGGGUACAAGUACUAA